ACCGCCCUCAGGUGGGGCGGGGCGCCUGGCGUCACUUCCGUCCAGGCCGGAACCCAAGAUGGCUGCCGUCUUGCUGAGACACGUUGGCCGUCAUUGUCUCCGAGCCCAUCUUAGUCCUCAGCUCUGUAUCAGAAAUGCUGUUCCUUUGGGAACCACAGCUAAAGAAGAGAUGGAACGGUUCUGGAAUAAGAACACUGGUUCAAACCGUCCUUUAUCUCCUCAUAUCACUAUCUACAGAUGGUCUCUUCCCAUGGCAAUGUCCAUUUGCCACCGUGGCACCGGUAUUGCCUUGAGUACAGGUGUCUCUCUUUUUGGCUUGUCUGCCCUGUUGCUCCCUGGGAACUUUGAGUCGUAUUUGGAACUUGUGAAGUCUCUGUGUCUGGGGCCGGCGCUAAUCCACACAGCCAAGUUUGCACUCGUCUUCCCUCUCAUGUAUCAUACCUGGAAUGGGAUCCGACACUUGAUGUGGGACCUAGGAAAAGGCCUGAAGAUUCCCCAGCUAUACCAGUCUGGACUGGUUGUCUUGGUUCUCACUGUGUUAUCUUCUGCAGGGCUGGCAGCUAUGUGAAGAAAAGCUGAAGUUCCCAGUAUCAUCUUUCGACAAAUUAUAACAUUGACCUAUCUUCCUGUUUGUCACUUAUCUUUAGUCAGGGCUCUGAUUUGUUUAGAUCCUUUUGUGCUUGUAGAUCCCCUUGGAGCACAGUAGCAAUAGAGUACCUUCUGUAACCAUAGUAGUGGAAAAAGGUCCAGUUUUCCCCUUGUUUCUAAAGAUGGACUGGCUGCAAAAACUCCCUUUUCCUGCCCACAGCUUGCAGCCUACUCUGGGCCCAGGAGCCCUUAUUCUCUUUCCAUAUUGGGCUUUGAUUUGUGCUGAAAGUCAGCUUUUGGCUCCUUCUGACUGAGACAUUGGAAACAAUGCCAGCUCUGUGGCCUCUGCCCUGGGGACUGGGGAUGAGGCUUUGGGUGCCACUGCCUGUGGGUUGCUGGCUUAAAGGACAGUUCUGUUCAUUGGUCAGAGCCCAGGGCCUGUAACACCCACACAGGGUAGCUGAAAGAGGAGAGGUGGGGGUGGAGGGGAAUUAACCUAUCCCAGCUAGAGGGAGAAAAAGAGGAUAAGUUGGUUCUCAGAGCAGGUGCUUUGGGGAGAAGACAUAUAGUUUUUGAUGCAAGAGGAAAAUCCAGAAAAUCAUUGAACGUAUUAAGGUUUAUUUCUUUUUCUUGCAUUUCUGGAAAAACAAACUUCUUAAUGUCAUGUUUUAUAAUCCAAGUUCAUGUACCAUUUCUUUCUGAAACUGAAUUAAAAUACUCAUUUUAUCUUUAACUGUCCUUGAAAUCUAGAGAAACCAAGAGAAUGGCUGUUGGGGAGGAGCCAAUUUCCUCCCCCUCCCUCGGGUCUCAGAAAUUUACACACAACCCCCUACCCAAUCUGAUCUUUCCCAGGAGGGAAACAGUUUGUCCUACAACUAACCACUGGAAAAGUUUUCAGGGAAUCAAGUACAAGUAGCGAGAGAUUUAAAUAUCACAAAGAAGCCUCAGAGAAGAAAGGAGAAAGAAAGGAAGUUAAGCAUGUUAAGCUUUUGAGUUAUUGCCAGCUCCAAAAUCCCAUUGAAGACUAGUGUAAGCCUUAGGGCAAAUUCAGCAAAUUAUAGUCCAGUGAGGGAUGCAGAGUACCAGGGGAGGUGACAGCUAAGGGAUGAUGACCUAAGUAUGUAAAUUUGGGGAGAAAGGAGAGUAGAGAUUUACAAAAAAAGGAGGGAUUGUUGAAAACCUGGCAAAAACUUAUAAUUUAAUGAGAGAUCUUGUUGCUUUUAUAAUCUAUAUGAGCCAGGCUUUUGGGUCCCUAAAUGCCUUGGCAGUAGUGCUGUUUUCAUAGGAAAACACUACUUAGGAAACUCUGGGAUGAGAGAUCUAUUUUGUCUGUCACUCUGAGUUUUUGGCCAAUUAAGUAAAGCCAUGGGUUGAAGAAGAGUAACAAUGACUGUAGCUGGUGUCAGUUGGCUAGAAGGACCUUACUUAAGCUAAGACAGUGGAGACCUGCUGUGUCAACAGUCUUCAUCCUAAAAUAGUGUUUGGUCUUAAGUAAUGAUCACUUCUCCUUUUUGCUAGACUGGCCCUGGGAAGUCCUUGUAGCCUUCUUCCAUCUUAGACCAGCUGUCCUCUACUUUGUCCUUGGAGUGAGGGACAGGUGUUCAUGAGGGAACACUUUGGCACUGGGACUGGAAAGGUUUGGCAAGAGUGUUAAAUUUAAUAGCCAGUGCCAGGAAGAUGCAGAAAAUAGGGUCAAUGACAUACAGAUGUUGGAGGCACAGAAAUAGGGGACUUCUUUACUUUCUUGUUGGCUUCUUACCAUGUAGGUGAUUGAAGGGGGAGGAGGGAUGUGGCAGAGCAUCUUGUUUGUUAUUCUGCCCUAAAUUUCUAUUUACCAUCUUACUUUGUUUUUAUUCUCUGUCUGCCAAUUACUCCCACAUCUUCAGUUUUCAAACUAUAUUUUUACUUUUGCUUACAUAUAAAGUCUUAGACAAGGAUAGUGUCUACUUUGGUUUUUCAUAUUUUUUCUUCCCCAUCUUCUCCAAACACACAUACACAUACUCUAACAAAUUACUUCUAAUUUUGAAGUUGCUAGCUGUGCAUGCUCAGGAUGAAAAAUGAGUGGGUAAGGGUGAGGGACUGGUUCUUUGAGGUCCUGCCCUUUUGCUGUGAUUAAGAUGAACUUUCUCUUCGUCAUUUCUGGAGUAUAACUGACUCAAUUCUUAUAGAAAUGUGUUAUAUCCCAAACCCCUGUCAUGUUCUUUUCUCUGUUCUAUUUCCCCCAACCUUCCUUCUCGUUAUGGCUUAUCAGAGGCAGCUAUAGCAGACGGAGAAAAUCCAGAUCAAUAAAAGCUUUAACAAACAAUA